UCACUUCGAUUUUUUAAACGUAUUUUUCUGAUUUACUAUUAUAGUACAUUAUGUUAUCAAAAUAGAUAACAAUUCCAUUAUGUUGCGUUACAAUUUCCACAGCAACAGGUGGUAAAGACGCACUAGCAAGAAAUACAAGUGAUAAAAUUUAUUUGGACAUGCCUAUGUCGUAUUCGGGACCGCAUUGUAACUUAUUCGCUUUUUAUAAGCGCACACAUAUUUUGAAUGUUAUGUAACGUUUAUUAUAGUGUUUUCGGCUUGAUAUUACUUCUGGUAAAAUGAGGACGGUGGCACUGAUCAGUGGUGGCAAGGAUAGCUGCUACAACAUGAUGCAGUGCGUCGCCGCUGGACAUGAGAUCGUUGCUCUGGCCAACCUCCAACCGCUUCAAAAAGAUGAAUUGGACAGUUAUAUGUACCAAACAGUGGGCCACCAAGGUAUUGAUCUGUACGCAGAGGCUAUGGAACUACCUCUGUACAGAGAAAUCAUAACCGGAGUGGCUGUCGACCAAGGCAGAAAUUAUAAGCCCACAGACAAUGAUGAGGUGGAGGAUCUGUACAGAUUGAUUUCUAAAAUAAAGGAUGAUAUAGACAUAGAAGCAGUGGCGGUUGGUGCAAUAUUGUCAGAUUACCAAAGAAUAAGGGUUGAGAAUGUAUGUCAAAGAUUAGGUCUAGUUGCUCUUGCAUACCUAUGGAGAAGAAACCAGAAGGAGCUACUCAAUGAAAUGAUAUUAAAUGGUGUUGAAGCUAUCAUAAUUAAGGUGGCUGCACUUGGACUAGACCCUCGGGCGCACCUCGGCAUGAGCAUACAAGAAAUCCAGCCACAUCUUCUAGUCAUGAAGGAGAAGUACGGCCUGAAUAUAUGCGGCGAAGGCGGCGAGUACGAGACGUUCACUCUUGACUGCCCACUCUUCAGGAAACGAUUAGUUGUAGAUGAGAAAGAGAUGGUAAUACACACAGACGACCCUGUAGCACCGGUCGGUUACUUGAAUCUUAAACUGCAUGUUGAACCAAAAGAGAAUGCAGAAGCCAAACUACCUCCGACUGUAAAGAGCUCCUUAGAUUACAUAAACGAUUUGAGUGACAGCGUAUUCAGUGACCUUAGUGAUAUAGAGGCGAGUGAAUCAGAAAUAGAAUCCAUAGAGAAGUUAGAAAAAGAAGAGAAGAAGAAACAGAAAGAACUGAACCCAUUGCUCACAUAUUCAGGGGACAGGACUGAUGUUUCUAGUGUCGAUGAAAAUGAUAGUAUAGACAAUACAGAUGGAUUUCAUUAUGAGCGAGCAGAUGAUGAGUGCCAUAUACAGCCGGUGUUGGACCAUAGAACGAUAUAUGGGAAUAAACACGGAUGGUACUUCAUUGGAGGUGUUAUCGGUGACGGCGUAGAUAUAAGGGUGGCGACAGAGGACGCCAUGAAAAAACUCAUCAACCUACUAGAAUCUGAAGACUGCACCCUCAGAGAUGUAUGUUCUGUGAACAUUUAUAUGCGAGAUAUGAACGAAUAUGCAACUCUAAAUCAGGUGUAUGUGGAAAACUUUUGUUUUCCAAACCCACCAACGAGGGUCUGCGUGCAGUGUCCUCUACCGAGCGACGUGGGACUUCUUCUAGAUGCUGUUGCGCACAAAGCUGUACCCAACGAUCACGAGACUGACACUAACUCGAAAGAACGAGUGACAAUGCACGUACAGGGAAUCUCGCAUUGGGCUCCAGCCAAUAUUGGACCAUAUAGUCAAGCUAUUAAGGUGGGCGAAGUGAUAGCCACGUGCGGGCAGAUCGCGCUGGUGCCGGGAAGUAUGCAGCUGGCCAGCGGAGGAGCUCGCCGCCAGUGUGCGCUCGCCCUGCGGCACGUGACUCGCGUGCUGCGCGCCGCUCACCCGCGCGCGCACAUGCGGGCCGUCGUGCAGAGCGUGUGCUACACGACGGGCGCGCGCAGCGUGGGCGAGGCGCGGCGGCAGCUGGAGCGGCGCACGGCCGGCGCCAUCGUGCAGUACGUGGUCGUGCCCGCCCUCCCGCGCCGCGCCCGCCUCGAGUGGACCGCCUGGGCGCACUCCGACAACAACCGGUUCCACUAUGAAGAGACUGGAUGUAAUAUCGGAGAAUACAAAGUGGCGAUAACAAGACGAUGGAACUAUGAAAACACUGUCGCUGCUUUCGUUUGUCAUGUAGCCACUGCGUCGUCCCCGUCGACGUGCCAGCUGUCGUUCCCCAGCGAGGAGGCGUGCCAGUCUCACAAGCAGCUCGCAUCUCUGAUGCGUCGUGAGGACCUUGAAGCCGUGCUCGAGUACGCGCUCAGGAAGCUCCUCAACGACACCAGGGAAACAGAGUCCAGCCCCGCAGUUAAAAUGAGAAUAUUCUAUCAGGCGUGGAGUUCUCCAAACGCAGCGGUCCUAGUAGAUGCAGUGUCGGCUGUACGCAUCCGGAUGGGUGUAAGAGCGGCGACUACGCUAGUACCGGUGGCCGCGCUGCAUAACGCCUUCACCUUCCUCUCCAUCGGAGGCCUGCGGCUCGACGAGUGACGUCACUACACGCGCAUGCUGCCAACGCACCCCUUACGGUGUGCUCCUCUAUAUCCAGCCGCCAGACAUAGCUUCAAACAUUUGAACACAUAUUCGAAGAGCCUCCAACAAACAUUUGAACAAAUAUCCCAAACUAAAAUACAUCUAGCAAAUAUACUAUGCAAACAUGUCCAAUUACAGUACAGAGGUGUUAUGUAACGACGUCGCAAUCGUUUCUUAUUUUAAACAGAUAUCCAAAAUUUUGCUAUUAUGUACGAUCGUUUGAAACUUUAACUGUCAAAUGGUUCGACAUAAUUGCAAACGUUUGAAUCUGAUUAAAAUAAGAAACGAUUGCAACAGCGUCACUACAAGCCCCUUUGCACAAAUGAAACAGGCUUUGAACUUUGACAUGGGACAAGUGUAGCCCUUUAUUUAUGAAAAAAUACCAUUAUAAUCCCAUUUUAACACUUAAUGUGUUUAAAUCACUUUCUUUCACAUAAAAUAGAAUAAAAGAAAGAGACAACAAACAACUAAUAUAGGUAUAUAAAGUUAGCGUUUAUACGAAUGAAUGAUGUUUGUUCAAAUUUUAAACAUACUCAAUUCUCAAAAUACUUGUGGGUGGUCGAGUGUUUGUAGAUAUUUGCGUGUUCGAAACUAUGUUUGGCGCCGGCUUUAGCGGCCUUGUGGCCCAGCUGCGCGUGUAUCGCAACUGAUAGGUACCCUUCUUAUCAUAUAAGAAUACAGAUGCUUUAUUGCCAGUUUAUAAAACAUAUUUGCUGAAUAUUUUCAGUGUUUAUAAAAUUUUGUUAAAUAAUAUGCUACCGAGUUUACCAUAUUGUAAG